AUGGGCAGCAGCAAGCCAGCCCCGAGGGCGGCCAAGGUGAAAAAGACUGCAGCUGGAGCAGAUGCGGCAGCAGCGUCCUUGGCAGCAGUUGCCGUUGGUGCGUCCGCACACCUGCAGGCAACACCGCAAGCUGUCACCCAGAACAGCACUGUGUUGACCAAGCACAAGGAGAACGUGACCUUGGUGCACAGUGACUUUGGGCCGGACUUCGAGAUGCAGGAUCCGCCGCAUAAGUCGUGGCUCAGGGCAUUCGACGAGUCGGCCGCAGUCUCGGACCUCAAGAGGUAUGGGAAGCACACGUGCCUAGUGAAUGCUGCUUGGCUGGAUCAUGAUUACAGCCCGUGCCCUUCAAUUCCUUUGGUUUGGAAGACAGUGGAGAAUAUGAUCGAGCACUACUUUGCGCAGCCCAACAACCUCUCAGACCAGAAGAUCGAAGUGGUGGUCCUCAGCAGUGACUUGGCACACAACAAGUUCCCAACCAAGGGGUCGUGGAAGUUCGCGAGCGCGGAGGAGCCAGUCAUGGCAAUGUAUGCGGCAAUUGCGUCCACCAUCCAGGCCCGCAGAGACGGGGAGGGCGUGAAGACGAACGAGGAGCUGCAGAAGAUGGAUGACCAACUUUGUAUUUGGAAGGAGAAGCUUCUGGAGACACAGGUGGACAUCAAGGUGAUGGACAACGAGAUCCAGCUGCAGUGGGCCGCACAGCAGUACCGGGAGAACAUCAAUCAGAGAACCUACUUGACGAGAACAUCUGUGCAGCGCAUCUUCGACUUGCAGGCCAAGAGCACACUGUUGGGCCCUCACGCCUCCAAUGAGGACUUGGCACGCCUGUACAAUGAGAAUUUGAAGCUCUCCUCGAAGAGUGAGCCCAUCAGCGACAAUUUCGUCGAUCAGGGCUUGCUGGUUUACAAGAAAGCCCUGGUCUUUCCAGAGAUCUUGCAAGUGAUUUUGAAGGAAGAAGAGUACCACACUUCCUCGCUCUUCGACGGCGUUUCAAAGUUGUGGGCCAUCUGCAACAAGACGAGCACAAGAGAGGAAGCCUUCUGGGUCUUUUCUUUCAUCCACCAUUGCCGCUGCAACGGGGACAUGCCCGACAAAAGCUGCACCAGCUUCCGGAUUUUGGCCGGCACCGCGAAGGACCACCACCAAGGCCUCGUUGACGUGAUCCUGUAUCAGCAUCGCAUCAAAUCGUACCUUCUGAGUGAGUUUCUGCCGGUUGUCUGCAAGCACUUGCCCGAUGAGGUCAGGGCAAAGAUCAGAUCUGCCUGCGCCGACUGCCAGGCCUACCGGGAGCACGUGGGAGUGGGCCAGGAGUCCGUGGAUCUUGGUUGGAAGUCUGGAUGGAGUGGAGCAGCAGACUCGGUGCUACUCUUUCUGGGGGAAGCGAUCUUCAGCGCGAAGUAUCAUGACAGCAUGCGCACAAGCAUGAGACAAGCAAAAUCAGUUGAAGACUGCUUGGAGUCGGACAGCAAGCUCGGGGAAGCAGUCAAGGAAGUCAAAGAGCAGCUGCAGAAUGAGAGGUUGGCUUCAGCCGAGACCGCCCCAUCAGCCGGUGACCCGACUUCGGCCGUUGCAACAGAUGUGCCCAUGCAGGAGACCUUGGAGAUGCAGUCCCCAGCACUGCAGGAGUUUGUGAAGAGCCGGGGCAUGCAGAACGUGGACGUGGACAAGCUCAAGAAGUUGCAGAUGUUCGAGAAGAAGGCGCGCAUGCUGGUGCAGUCGAACGUGGCCCUGCACGUGUUUGUGGAGAAAGAAAAAGAUUUGAUGGCUGCGAUCCACGCGUCGCCUGCUGGACAAGUCCGGGGCAAGGAUCAUAGUUGGGUUGGCAUUUUUGUGGACCCAGUCCACAUUGGCGAACCGGCCACCGCGCCACACAUCAGGGUGGCACCCUGCAACCAAAAAUACUUGAAGAACCUCAUCAGCAGCAUCGUCAAGACGCGAGAUCCGAUGCAAACUUGUUUGCAUCCCCGCGACAUGUUCUUGCUGUUUGACUCCGGCGUGCACACACAGCAGUCCAAGAUGCUUGCCUGCAUCUUGAACAACGAGGGCAACCAGAUGCCCAUGCACCAGAUGAAGGUCUACGUCACGUACGAUGAAAAUGCGCUCCGAGAGCGCCGCAAGAGUCAGAGGACCAGCCUGGAUCAGACCGAGCAGCUGACCCUUGUGACAAGCGAGGAGUUUGGCCAAUGCAUGUUGCAGCGCCCGCGCAAAGCUUUCCCAGGCAGCAACUUCGGCAAUGUCGUGGGGCCAGUGAGGCCCGAUGCGCCGGGAGAGUUGUGGCAGCUGAGCGUUGAGGAGAAGCUGGCCAUCUAUGGAAAGUAUCGCAUGGCUGUUGGAGGCCGGACACCGGGAGAGGACCCGGACCAGAGCGCAGGGCGUGGCUGUGGCAAGCCACGCACCACCGUGGAGCCCGUGUUUUGGCACGGGAGACCGGAGAUCAUGUACCAGGAGAUGGUGUCCAGUUACGGUUUCACAGCCCUCAUCGAUUGCCAAGCCGCUGAUGGGGUUUUGGCAAGCCUUGCAGCCACGGAGCGCUUGCCUUACAUCGGCUUCUGUUUGACAGAGACCCACCUCAAGAAGCUGCAGGAAGUCGUCGUGUUCCGUGUCCUGAAGGAGAUGGCCCGCCCGAACAGCAAGGUUCACGAGAGCAAGCUGGUUGAGACCUUGGGAGCUGCGUCGUCGAGCGCAACACCUACCCCAGCCACGGUGCCCCAGGGCGGCGGCAACAGCGGUGGAGGCAGCACCAGCACUGCACAGAGUGUGCUGAGUCAGUUCCAGGUGCCGCUGCAUUAUGGGCCAGCUCGGCCAACGGGUGAGAACACGCAGAACAAGACUAAGAAGAAGCCUGCAGCGGCGAAGCCAGCAUCUAGCUCGAGCAAAGAUCCGGGGACAGCAACCAAAACAAUCAAGCACAUGAAGAAGCCAGCUGCAGCAAAAGCAAAAGGCAAGCCAGCCAAGGCUUCGGCAAAGGCAGGAGCUAAGAAAGGAGGCAAGACAGUGCUUGCUAGGAGGGAACCCGUUGAGUCCUCCUUGCACGGCGCGCAGCACUUCUACAACUUCCCAGCGGAUGUAAGUCUGUGCAGUGAUUGCAGUGGCAUGGGCACAGAGUUCAUGGCAGCAAAGCUUGCGUUUCCAAACGCAAACGUCAAGCACAACUAUGCUUCUGACUCCGACCCAGUUUGCAGGUCCUUCUUGAAGCACUAUGUCAAUCCCAAGGUAGUGGCCGACAACAUUGAGAAUGACAUCCCAGCAGAUUGGGCUUUGUGCUCGGACUUCUACAUUUGCGGAUAUCCAUGCCAACCCUUCAGCCAAGCGGGAAAGCAAGAAGGUGUGGCGGAUGCAAAGGGCCGCGGCAGUGUCAUUGUAAAAGUUCCCUUCCAGAUUGCUCGGCUCAAGCCAAAAGCAUUCGUGUUGGAGAAUGUGCUGGGAAUGGUGCAGCGUUUCCCACGGACAUUCAAUCUCCUCAUCGACACGUUGCGAUGUUUGGAGCUCGAGCCUGGAAGUGGCCCCAGCUACAACGUGUACUGGAAUGAGUUGUCAGCAGACAAGCGCGGCGGCACACCGCAGCACAGGGAGAGACUGUUUGUGGUGGGCAUCAAAGCUUCCUCGCAGGUACAUCAUUUUGAGUGGCCCAAGCCUUUGCCAGGUUCAUUGACUCUCAGCGAGUGCAUGGGUGUUGGCACCAACCCGCCAUUGCCGCCGACAGACAAGCUGAGCAAAACCGUGAGGAAGAGCAUGAGCUGCCUCGAAGCGCUGCGCACGGAGCAUGGGCCACAGGACAUCAUUUGCGAUGUCGGCUCCAGCAACAGCACAUACUUCAUCGGGAAGUCGCCUUGCCUGACAGCCUUUUCUUGCUCAAGUUUCCGUUACUACUCCACUGCACGAGGGCGCUGGCUGAAUUGCAAUGAUUUUCUCGCCCUGCAGGGAAUGUCGCCAAGCGCAUUCCCUGACUGGCAAAAGAUUGUGGACCCUAAGCCUUUUGGGCGCAUGCUGGGCAACGCAAUUCAUGCACAGAUUCUCAAGCGCAUCUUGGUGCAAAUUGCCCGUGCGCAAGGCUGGCGGUGCCAUGGGGGCAUGUAA